AUGGGUCGCUGGGGCUGGCGUCUUUUUGAGGGUGAUCAGGAUAUGGAUGCCGCCUGUAGCCUGGCAGAACCCCUGGGGUUUCAAAUGGACGAUUGGGAGCACACAAUGAGCUCCAUGGUGCACCAGACCGAUAUGCUGGCUGGCGCGGCGGCACGUGCGUUCUACAGGACCGAAGAGUACAAACAGGAGCUAGAGAGCGCGAUCGUGCCCUACGUCCGCGCGAAGCUCGACACCGACAACCUUGGCGACCGGCUCUUUGCAGCUGCUCGUGCGCAGGAGAACAACCCAACGCUCCCUUCUACUAAAUACAGAACGAUCAUCCUGGGUGCGCUGAUGAUGCGGGCUGGCGCGAGGAUCAAGCCGGCCGACUUGCAGCAUCUGCGAGACCUGAUCCCGCAGAUUCAGUGCAACGCGCAGUUUGUCCUGCCUCUCGUUGACGAGGGCUUUCGUAGUCCCGGGAGGGCCCAGUUUCUCGCUGCUCUUGACCACUACCAGGUGGGCGUGCCACGCAACUAUCAGGAGCCAAGCUGUUUUCAGUGUGGACAGGUCAGGGAUGAUAUUGGUCACGCCUUGGUUCAGUGCGCAAGAUGCCAUGUUGCAUACUACUGCGAUAAGGAGUGCCAGCGCCACCAUUGGCAGGAGCACAAGCCAAGCUGCGUUAGCCCUGAGCAGCGCAGGACGGCUAACGUCUAG